CUUUGUUCUGAUUGACGUUCCAUUCCAAGAUGGCAGACAUGCCGCUUGAGCCAUGAUAGUAUGGAAUCGUAGGAUUACGAUUUUUAGGUGUGUCUUUCUAAAUAUCGAACUAGAAUGUCUCCCGAAUUCUUGACUAAUGUCUUAUACGAAUGUUCUGACGAUGUGAAACAACUUGCUCGCGUUAAGUGCGCUAGUUUUAGGUAACGUUUGUGCCGGGACAUAUGUAAUAAAACGGUGAUCGAAAUUGUGUUUUUCGGUGUGUCGUGUACGAUAAGUAUUCUGGUUUGAUGUAAAAUUAAAAUGUGGAAUAUGAUGUGCGACGUGAUGCCCACUAUAUCGGAGGACAGUAUCAGUCAAAGGAGUUCGCAGUUAUCCGGUGAGGAUGCGAAUUUCGAGCAGUUGAUGGUGUCUAUGCUCGAUGAACGAGAUAAGCUGGUGGAAAGCCUGCGGGAGACGCAGGAACGACUGGGAGACUCGGAGCUGCGGCUCAAGGAGGUGGAAAAGGAGCGUGACUCUCUCCACAGACAGAUCGCCGCCAAUUUGCCUCAGGAAUUCGCAACUCUCACAAAAGAGCUCAACCAAGCACGAGAACAGCUCCUCGAGAGGGAAGAGGAGAUAUCAGAGCUCAAAGCGGAGAGAAACAAUACCAGGUUACUACUAGAGCACCUAGAAUGCCUGGUCUCGAGACACGAGCGCUCGCUACGCAUGACGGUAGUGAAGCGACAGGCGGCCGCGCAGUCCGGCGUCUCCUCCGAAGUAGAAGUACUGAAGGCACUCAAAAGCCUCUUCGAACAUCACAAGGCGUUAGACGAAAAGGUUCGAGAACGGUUGCGUGUCGCGUUAGAACGAAACACGGCGCUAGAAGAAGAACUAGCGCUCACUAAGGAAGAAUUGCAGCAAUACAAAUCGUCUCAAGACGACAAGCCGAAGGAGAACGGCACCGUCCCCACCGGCUCGCCCGAACAGAACGGGGAACAACAGACCACUAAGGAUCCAAAUAAUGUAAACGGCGAAUCGGAGACGACAAGGAAAAUCAGUGAACUCCAAAAUACGAUCGCCAAGCAGUCAGCAGAGCUAAGCUCCUGGCAGCGGCGUGUAGCUGAGCUGAACAACAAGGUGUCCGAGCUGGAGGACCGGCUCUCCAAGGGAGAGAAGGAGCUUGCCAAGAAGCAGGAGGAGUGCGUCAAGCUGCAGAGGGACUUGAGGGAAAACGUCGCGCAGAAGGAAGAUCAGGAGGAACGCAUCACGACGUUGGAGAAACGGUACCUGAACGCGCAGCGUGAGUCCACGUCUCUUCACGACCUCAACGAGAAGCUAGAGCAGGAGCUCAACCAUAAGCAGGCGCAGCUCAAGCUGCAAGAGGAGAAGAUUGCAGCUAUCGAGGAGAAGCUCGAGUUGUCCACGCAGAAGCUGGCACAAAUGUCUUCCUUGCCCGAGAUGGAGGAGCAGCUCAAAGCCAGGAUGGAAGCGCUCAAUCAGGCGCAGGAGCGGCACGGGUCUGCCGAGGACCGCAUCCAGCGGCUGGAGGCCAGCGUCGAGGAGAAGAACGCCGAGCUCAUGCGCCUCAACCAACGCCUGCGCAUGAACGAGGAACAUAACACCAGACUCUCCGCUACCGUUGAUAAACUGCUCUCCGAGUCUAAUGAUAGGCUACAAGUGCAUCUAAAAGAGCGUAUGCACGCGUUAGACGAGAAGAACGCGCUGACGCAAGAGCUGGAGAAGACGCGCAAAUACGCUGACGAACUGCUCGCGGAGAAACAGGAGAUACUCAAGGAGCUGGCCAAGUGGCGCAUGGAGACUGAACAGCUGAAGCGUCAAAUGCUGGAGCAGGAGAUAGCAUUCAACAUUCAACAGACGGACGCGCUCACUCGCUCGCUGUCCCCGGCCGCCCAGGCGCAGCCUCCGCCCGGACUGUUCCAACCCAAGAUGGAGGGGUCGUGGGAGAAGCUGCAGCAGGCGCACGUGCUGGCCGCCGUGCAGCCGCCCUUCGACGUCGCCAGCGACGCUGAGAACGAUGAAUCCGACGGUGGCGUAGAAGGUGGUCAUACAGACGCGGCAGCGCUGGCGUUAAUGCUGCAGGAACAGCUGGACGCCAUCAACACGGAGAUACGUCUCAUCCAGGAGGAGAAACAGACCACUGAAGCUCGCGCCGAAGAACUCGAGUCCAGGGUGGGCAGCUACGAGCACAUGAACGUGGUGGCGCGCCGCGCCGACUCCCCGCCGCGCGCGCCCUCCCCCUCACGGCAUGCGCUCGCGCAGCACCACAAGUACCACACCUUGCAGCUAUGCGAGGAAGGUGCAGGUGGCGUGGGUCCUGUAGGCUCUGUAGGCCCGGGUCCCCACGGCGAGGGGGCGGAGUCCCCGCUGACGGCGCGCUCUCUGCGUCUCGAGCGGGCGGCGCGCGCCAUACAUGCUGAGCGAGACCGACUGCGGACUCACUAUCAACCACCUUAUGAUGCGACGUCGAUAAUGUCUGGCAGCCUCGCCAGGAUCCCAAUGCACAGCAACAUCUCAUCGAGCUCUAGCCAAGAGUCCCUGGGCGGCAUGGCGUCGUCCCUCGGCGGUGGCAUGGCCAGCACUUGGGGAGGCCCGGUCGGCAGCUCGCGAGCCGGGGCCGCCUCGGCCGCCUCCAUCGCCUCCAUGCACCAACAGAAGAAGAGAGGCAUCAAGAGCUCGCUCGGAAGGUUCUUCAGUAAAAAGGAAAAGGCUGGAAUGCCGCUCCAACAAGGACAGAGUCCCCGGUCGCUAUCGUCAGUAUCGUCCCUGGGUCUGUCCUCGCUAGCGGACGACCCGAGCAGCAGUGACGCCAUGACACCGCACGCACCGAUGUCGCACGCUCCCAUGACGCAUCAAGACUACGCCAGGACUAAGAGCAAAGACCGCGACUACCGGCACGAGUUGCUGGGCGAGGCGAUGCGCGCGGGCACGCCGUUCGCGCUGUGGAACGGGCCCACCGUCGUCGCCUGGCUCGAGCUCUGGGUCGGCAUGCCGGCCUGGUACGUCGCCGCCUGCAGGGCCAACGUCAAGUCCGGGGCCAUCAUGUCCGCGCUCUCCGACCAGGAGAUACAGAGGGAGAUUGGUAUCAGCAACCCGCUGCACCGGCUGAAGCUGAGGCUGGCGAUCCAGGAGAUGGUGUCGCUGACGUCGCCGUCCGCGCCGCGCGGCACGGCUUGCGCCGCGCUCGCCUUCGGGGACAUGAACCACGAGUGGAUCGGGAACGUCUGGCUGCCUUCCUUAGGUUUACCACAAUACAGAACUACGUUUAUGGAGUGUUUGGUUGACGCGAGGAUGUUGGAGCACCUCACCAAGAGGGACCUUAGGACGCAACUUAAAAUGGUUGACAGUUUUCAUAGGACAUCUCUCCACUUCGGCGUAGCGUGUCUGAAGCGCGUGGGCUACAGCGUCCGCGCGCUGGAGGAGAGACGGCGCGCUGCAGAGCUGGGGACCAGGGACGUACUCGUGUGGACCAACGAGAGGCUGCAGCGCUGGCUCGUCUCCAUCAACCUCAAGGAGUACGCGAACAACCUGUCGGAGAGCGGCGUGCACGGCGCACUCAUCGCGCUCGACGACAACUUCGACGCCAACAGCAUGGCGCUCGCGCUGCAGAUACCCACGCAGAACACGCAGGCGCGCCAGAUCCUGGAGCUGGAGUUCAGCAACCUGCUGGCCAGCGGCACCGAGCGCGCCGCCACACACCACGACACCGCGCCCUCCUGACACCACGCGCUCAACUAGGCCACGUGGUUCCCUCGGUAGUGGGCCGGUAGAGUGGCGCGGCCCGCUGUAGUCAUACGAUAACUUUACACUAUUUAUUUGGUACAAACGUCAGUCGGCGGAGCAUGCGCGGCGUAUGGCGGCAUUUUAUAGUAACCACUACGCUUCACUGUGUAACCAGUUUACUGUGUAAAUAGUUCAGUACUCGGCUCGCUUCUCAUCUAUCUACCAAAGUACUAUAAAAUGCUAUCAUAGUGUAACGACUUGUUCAUACAAUAUAAUUCUCCCUAACGUGUAUAUUUUAGGUAAGUAAGGCUUCACUAUAACUACAAAGUGCUCUGAAUCUGUAGACUUAUGUACUUAACUUGUAAUCUGAUAUUUAUUGGACUCGGAUACAAAAUGUAUGUUAGCUGCGGCGCGCUGUACCGUGUUUCGUCGCGUCCUAAACUAAGUAUUAUCGCCUUAAAGUAUUCCCUUAGAUGUACAGUAUACUUGUUAUGAAGCAAUAUUGGCUGUUCUUUGAGCUGUGCUCUCAAUCCCUUUACAACUUGAUAGCCUUAUAUCUCAAUAGUUUGUAGUGUCGGGCUCUCCGACUAUAGCCAGUCCAGGAGCCCGAGUGUUUGCCAUUUUAUACUACCGUUGAGGAAACACGGCACACGCGAGUAAACAUUGUCAUACUCUGAUGCCAAAUAUUAGUUUAUCGUAACUAAUAUAUACAUUAAAAUUUGUAUUCCGUCGACGUUACAGUCUGCAAUAUAUUACGUUCUACUUACACAUAUUUUAAUAUGGUUUUAAUUGAAUUGACUUAAAACUUAUACUUAUAUGUUUAUUCUUAAAAGUACAAUUUCAAAAUGUUUUGAAUGAUUUUAUUUUUUAUUUUUGUAGACUAUUUUUAUUCAUUGUUGAGUCGUAUGUGAAGUAAGGUUGGAGAAUAUAGUUGCAGACUGUUUGGUCGGCUCUACUCGUAAAGUUACUGUGUUGUGAGAGAUUACAUUGUAGCCGGCAGGGGGCGACACUGUCGCGCCUGUCCUGUGUGAUACUGAACUGACACUGCGCGGUAUACUCGGCAGCUUCACUCUUUUAUUAACUGUAUGUGUUUUAAUAAUAUUUUACAAUUAAUUUUAUUAUGUUGAGAGUAUUUUUAAGGUCAGUUUUAUCAUCUCCAAUUAGUCAUGUUAUUAUUUAUAUACAGUUGCGUAGUAUACAGUGCAGGACGCGUUGUGUGUGUGUGUGUGUGCGUGUACCAAGUGCCUCGGCGAGGUGUGUAUAUACAUAGCUUUAUGUAGUAGUGGUACUGGUACUGGUUCGAUACUAGUCUAUGUACAGUGUUGUUACAUUGUUUUGUAAUCUUGUAUUCUAUUAACUCGCUACUAGAACAGCUCCCACUUAGCUAGGUAUAUUUUGUUAAGCGUUUUACAAGAAACACUUCAAUAGGUAAUCAAAUAAACUAUCGAUUGUAUAGCUAAAGCGACUUUGAUUUGAAAGUGAAUGUUUUAACGAGUAGCAAAUAUAUUGUAAAUAUUAUCAUUUCUAUCGACUGUAGGUGUAAUAGCAAUAUUUAGCUAAGAUGUGUUCAAAACUGAAAGGAUUUUUAUUGUAUUAUUACUUUGUAAUGAUAACCGCUUAUUUAUUAACUAGAUUUUAUUAUUUAUUAAGUUAUUAUAGGAAAUGUAUGAAAUAUACCGGUUUAUUAUAAUUACCUCAGUAAUGUCGUCGUGGGUGCGCCGGCGCAGGCCUCAGCUAUCUCUAGUUAUCGAGUUACAGUAUUAAUAAAAUUAGGUGACAGACGGCCGCGGCGCCACCCCUGUGUGAUUUUUAUAAAAUUAAUUAAUUUUUAAUCGUAGUAACAUUUGGAUAUUCUCGGAGUAAGUCUGCGUCCGCGAUGCAUAUUGUGAGCCGACAUUUGCAUAUACCUACAUAUUAAUAUCUCGCGCCUAUCUUACCCGCAUAUUGCUCAUAUAUUCCUUACUCGAGUUAGGUCACAAUAUGCGACGCGGCGCAUUUUCGAAAUUUUUCAUAAAUAAAUUGGAAAGUGAGGUAUCUGUCUACUUUGUAUCGCGGCUUGUGAGCGUGACGGCGCGGGCGCGGGCCGUGGCCCGGGGGACUUGCAUACUCGCCAGAAUAUAUCACUAAUUAUACAACUUGUCAUAUGGUGUAGGUAAAUGUUAUCGUUGUGAGACAGCUCGUUGUUUUCUAUAUAGGUAGGUAAAUAUCGGAAGCACUAGAAAUGUCGUUUUGACGUUCAACGUGCAAAUUGUUAUGAUUACUAAAUUAUACAGUUGUUGAGUCCCCGGUCGUUGAGUCACAUUCUGCUCUCCUGGCAACACCGCACGUGCUAGUGCUGCCAUCUGUCGGGGCGCGAGACACAGACCGACUGCCCGGCCUUUACGUGUCGGUCUGUCUAUCAAACGUAGUCUAAUUGAAUGACUUUAUUUAGAUGAAAUUAAUGUAUGGAAGACUAUUAGUAACGCGAGGCGGCUCCGUGUCGUCGGCCGUGGUGACGUCUCGUCAAUAAAGCGCGACUCAAUAUCAUACGUACACAUCAUCGUUUCAUUAUCAAUAUAUGAAUAAAUGAUAUAUUAUAUAUAUUAGCUACAUAAAGUUUGUAUACAAUGCAAGUGGAGAUGGUUAUUUAGUUAACUGUUAGUGUACUUAUAGCUUUUCGACGUAGCUAAUCAAGUUUUGUAUAAAGUCGUUUGGAUGACGUAGUAUAGCCGAAGUGUCAUGGCCGCCGUGCGGUCCCUUUGUACUCGUACACGUUUUAUAUGUUCCCUCUGAUAGCCUGGUAGUAGACGUCAUCGUCCGGUUCCGAAUCCGCGCGACAUGCCCGGCGUCGUGCAGGACGCGAGUACCCUCCCCAAGUGCCAAGUAACCGCCAUUUUGGAACGGACGCGACCGAACAAUAACUAGAAUAAUUUCUCACAUUCCACCGACUCCGAUGACGCAGUCUCGCCCGUCGGACCGUAACGAACAAAAAUAAUUUUCCAAUCGAAGUCCCAGUGGCUCGCGCUACCAAAGAAUAAAGUUACCUUCACGUUAAGGAGUAUUGUAACAUAUGUUUAUUAGAGAAACAAUUGGAUAUGUAUAUAAUUUGGCCUGUGUGUGCAUAGCUUGUUAUAGUGAGGGCGCGCGAGUGGGUGCGUCUCGUCACCGUUCGCGUUACAUUCCAAGGCUUUCCGUGUUAUAAAUGAUCGCUUUGGCCCUGACUAGGUAAUCGGUAUAUCGUUACAGGUGAACCCUUCUAACGGCCAUUGUUUUGAUGUCAUUACGAAAUUGUUAACUAGACAAUGUUUAUUUUGACCAAUGUAAUCUGUACUAAUGUGUAAUCUGUACGUUUGUAAAAACGUUUGUCAAAAGUGCGAUGACGGCAUACGUUGUGCAUAAUGAUAAGAGGUAAAUACAAU